UGAAUUCUAUUUUGCCUUUAUAAGUCAUACCAACGAUACUACCUGCUAUAGUUACUACUGCAUUCUAAGUCUAUGAGUGUUGAUUAGCAUUACAGAAAUUUGAAGAAACUCAUAAAACACACAAGGUGUUUGAUAAAAUGCCUGAAAAAUAAAAGAUUUUUUUUUUGAAAUCGUCGUUUGCUGAUUUCGCUAUGCCCUGCUCAUCUUAACGAAUAAAAAGGCGUGACAAAAGGUAUGUUAUUGAAACAAAAUUAGAAGUAAACAAUGAAUCAUCCACAUAUGUAAGGAUAAUGUUACAUAUUAACACCUGCACUUAAAUAUAUACAUAUGAAUCCCAAAAUUUAUUCCAUAAAUUAUACUCCAAUCUCAUCAGAAUCAACACAUAAGCCCCUUUCUAAAAGGUUUAGAAACCCAAGUUCUACCAGUAUCCAAAGGUUUAGUUAAAAAUAGUUUUUUGCUCAAAUGUAACUCAUCGAUUUCAUCAUCUAGAUAAUGCAAUAUUCAUGUGCUUACACAGAGGGCUCCAACCACAGGGAUUUAGUGUGGAGGAAGACAAUGGAAUUGGGAGAUUCUUCUUCUUCUUGUUGUUGUGAAGAUGUGUUUGUUUCAAUUCCUCGUGGUGGUCCUAUAUACAUUGCAGACAUGGUGGGUCCCCUCACUAGUGUUUCUCAAUUCCAGUCAUGCAUUCAAGAUCAACUCAAGGAUCUGAGAAAGGAGUUGUGCUUGGAAUUGACUGAAGAACAUCAUCAUGAAAUUUCGGUUGAUGAACUUAAAAUCCUGAGUGAGGAGGAGUUGGUAGAUAUAGCAUUCCAAGCAUCACUCAAGGAUGGUAACUUGACAAAAGAUAAUUCACUUUCAUCUGAAGAUUGCUCUAAUGGAGUCCUUGAUAACAGAAAGAUGAAUGGAAAGGUAUCCAAGAAGAUGAAAAGAGUGAAACAAAAGGAGACAACUCAUGAAGAAGAUUAUAUGGAAGAGGUGGAGAAAGUUGCUAGAAUUAAACAAAAACAAGAAGAAGACAAAUCAGCUGCAAGAUUGCAUUCUUUUAGUGGUGUUUCGGGACCCGUUGCAUGUGUGACUCCCUCAGAGAAGAAAGAACGAAUGUCAUCCUUUAAUUCUACAAGUUAUUUGACACAACAGGUGAAAUCAUCAAGCACACGUGAACAAAUACCAAUACCUAUAGAUGAUAAUGAGAUCCUUCUUUGCAUAGAGGUCUAUAAUCACAAACGCUCAUGGGUUAAGAAUCAAGAAAUUUUGGUUCUUGGACGCCAAUUAUUAACUGAACUGAGAGACAAAAUAUACUGUUUGACUGAUGAAAUUAUGAAGUUAACCAAAAAGCAUACUCCAUCUGGAUAUUUCCUCAUAGAAGAUAUAUUUUACAACGAUUUAAGGGAAAUCAACGCUGUAGACUACAGUAAACCCAUACUCGAUUGGAUUAGAGAAUCAAAGAAGAUUGCAUCAGAAAAAUGGGAAUCCAUCAUAUCAGGUGAACUGCAUCAGAAACAAAAGCAAAUUUUAGGAAGUGGAAGUGGAAUUGCUCCCAAGUUGCCUCGCUUCAAACCUCUUCCAAUGCAAGCAACUCGUUUUUGUGACCUAAAUUUCCGACUUGGAGCUGGCUAUCUUUACUGUCAUCAGGGUGAUUGCAAGCAUGUGAUGGUGAUACGAGACAUGAGGGUGAUAGAUAGGAAAGAGGAUGUGCAUAAUCGAGCUGCUUAUCCCUUGAUUAUGUUUCAAUCGAAGUUGCGAUUCCAAAAGUGCUCGAUCUGUAAGAUCUACAAAGCGACGAAGGUGACUGUGGAUGACAAGUAUACUCCCGAGAAUCCUUGCUUUUUCUGUGGGAUUUGCUAUUACAUGCUUCACUAUUCCAAUAAUCAACUCAUAUACAGUGACUUCAAGGUCUACGAUUAUAUUCAUGAAUGAAUCAACCAGUACAGAUUUGGAUGUUUUUCGGGUUGAGUCCGAUCCAGUUUCUCACCAAUCGGUUUUGACUUGGUUGAUAUGAAAUUCAAUUUCGUACAUAACUUGACAAAAAUGGAAUUUAUCGAUAACCUGGUAAGCCCAAGUGAAAGUUGUUUAAAAGCCCAAAAGCUUUGUAGCCCAACGUGAUUUUAAAUUGGAACUUAAUUGGUUCAGAUCGAUGUCGUUGUGGUUUUUGAUUUUAUUGUAUUUUAACCUAUCAAAAUCGAGUAAUCGACAAUACUAGGGGACAUAUCCCUUUCAUUUGACCA